GUCGCAUUCGCUUGUUUUCGGCGGUGUCGGUUUGAUUGCAUCAGAGAAUUUCUAGUAAAAAGAAUCGCCAACUUGGUCAUGUGACCAGUUAUUCUGCGAUUGGCUGGCAUAAACAUGUACGGAUUUGGAUAUUGCAACGCCAAUGAUGAACAGAUGAUUACAUGUGUGAGAUACUAUUAUCGUACGCUAUGCCAUCGAAUUGCACAGCAUACAACUGUUGCAACAGAAGUGAUGAAGAUUACGCAUUAUUCAAAUAUCUGCAAGAUGAAACCAUCAAGAGAGAAUUGCAAUGGUUGGGAGAGACAAAAACUGGUUCCCUAGUAUUUUACAAAAACUUUGCGAGGUACACUUUAAGCCAGCCGAAAUCGAAUUUGUUGCUGGACGCAAACAAGUUAAGCUUGGUUCAGUUCUCUCUCGUUUCUGUAGCUGUCCUUCAGGGGAUCCAGAGAAUAAUCAUAGAAAGUUGAGAAAAAAAGCGGUAUAUAGGAAUAGUCCUUACGAGUACCAAACUUCUGUUAGAAAACACAAUAAUUGCGUUGUUAUGCAACCUCCAUUGACGAAAAAUGAAAUAUCAGCUGUCCAACAAGAAGAGUUUAUUGAAGAAGUUUGCAAGUUUCAAGAUGUUACAGAAGAAAUAGACCAAAUGCAACCAGUGGAUUAAUAUGAGAAUUUAUUGAGGAACAUAAUAUAUGAAAAUGAACAGUUACGACAUGAAGUGAAAGAAAUCCUAAAAGAUGUUAUGAAUGUAAACAAGAAAUAUAAAGGGAUAGAUGUAGCAGAUGAGCAUAGGACGAUAUAUGAAGAAAAUUCCAGGUUAAAAGAACAGGUUCAAAUACUAAGUGAACAUGUACAAAUUAUGUACAAGACGUUGGCUAAGGAUCAAUUGCAAGUUUUAGAAAUUGGAUCUAAUAGAGCUUCCAAAUGGUCAAAAGAGACCAUUUUAAAAGCACUGGGCUUACAUUUUAUUUGUGAUACUACAGGUUAUAAUUAUAUAAGAGAAUUUGUUGCUCCUUUUCCUUCUGUUAGGACUUUACAGCAGAGUGUAGCGAAUAUUUCGUUUGAACUAGGACUUUUGAGAGAUAUUUUCCUCCC